GAGAUCUUUUUUCUUCCUUCUACUUUCUUUUCAAACGCAAUCUAUGCGUAAUCAGAAUAACUAGAUAUUCAUUGCUGACGUGGAACUCUUCAUCGCCACACGAUCUAUCUUUUCUUAUCACCUUCUUAUUCUCCCUCCAAUAAACAGACAAACGUUACGAAAAAAAUCAGAAUACCUCCAUCAUAAUCUCAAUUCUCAACCACAGAUCCAAACCUCCCAACCUUUUUUUUUUUCUUCCUUUCUCCAAACAGACAAGAAAGAACAAUCCCGCUCUUCUAUUUACCCGGAAGAAGAAGAAAACAAACAUGUGUAGUAAGAUGGCGUUUGCUCUAACAAUCCCUCGAUUUCACUCUCCAAUUUCUCGCAAACCCACCACCACUUGUUCAUCUCCUCCUUCGAAGACACAGUCUGCUCACUUCAGCCAUGGACGAUCCAUUUCUCUCAGACGAAGACUUUUCUUAUUACCCGUCAAAGCCACUACCGAUCAGUCAGGUCAGGUGGGUGGGGAAGAAGUUGAUAGCAAGAUCUUACCUUACUGUAGCAUCAACAAGAACGAGAAGAGAUCAAUCGGUGAAAUGGAGCAAGAGUUUCUCCAAGCGAUGCAAUCAUUCUAUUAUGAAGGAAAGGCUGUUAUGUCUAACGAAGAGUUUGAUAACCUUAAAGAAGAGUUGAUGUGGGAAGGAAGCAGUGUUGUCAUGCUAAGUUCUGAUGAACAAAGAUUCCUUGAAGCUUCAAUGGCUUAUGUGUCUGGCAAUCCAAUUUUGAGUGAUGAAGAAUACGACAAGCUCAAAAUGAAACUGAAGAUGGACGGAAGUGAGAUUGUUUGUGAGGGUCCUAGAUGCAGUCUUCGUAGUAAAAAGGUUUACAGUGAUCUCGCCGUAGAUUAUUUCAAAAUGUUCUUGUUGAAUGUUCCAGCAACCGUUGUCGCUCUCGGACUGUUUUUCUUCCUUGAUGACCUUACGGGUUUUGAAAUCACUUACUUGCUCGAGCUUCCGGAACCAUUCAGUUUCAUCUUCACAUGGUUCGCUGCGGUGCCUGCAAUUGUGUAUCUUGCGCUAUCACUCACCAAGCUGAUCAUCAGAGACUCCUUGAUCCUGAAGGGCCCUUGUCCAAACUGUGGAACAGAGAAUACAUCCUUCUUUGGAACAAUACUAUCCAUCUCCAAUGAUGGUUCCACCAACAAUGUUAAAUGCUCCGGAUGUGGAACGGCGAUGGUGUAUGACUCAAGUACUCGUUUGAUCACAUUACCAGAAGGAGGCAAUGCUUAAACACUAUGGGCCAAGGUUUCAUUCUCAGGGGAAAUGUAUUAUGUAAUAUUGAUACUAAUAGAUGAAACAAGAUGGAGAAAUCAAAGAAGAGAAAAGAAAUGCAAAAGAGUUUGUUUUGUGUGCUGUCUUUUAUAAGCUUCAGACGUUUCCAUGUAGCUGUCAUUGACUGGUAUUGUGUGUUGUAAGUAAAUCUGAGGUGAAAUCAGAGAAAAAACACCAUGUGAUUACUCC